AGCCGAAAAAAUCACUUAAUCGCAGGCCAAGUAAUUGUGGCGAAACACACGGUCUGAUUUGGCUUAUAGCUUCUUCUCUCUAUCUACUACUACUACCUGCAAGCUGCCCUGAAAAGUGGAAGCCGAAUACACAUUUUCUUUUGACUUUGAAGUUACUUAAAAAACAAAGCCAAGAUGUCGAAGAAAGGCUUAAUGGAACAGGAUUUAAGUAAGCUGGAUGUGACAAAGUUACAUCCACUGUCACCUGAAGUGAUUUCUCGUCAAGCAACAAUAAAUAUUGGGACUAUUGGUCAUGUGGCACAUGGCAAGUCAACCGUUGUAAAAGCAAUAUCUGGUGUUCAGACUGUUCGUUUUAAAAAUGAGCUGGAGCGCAACAUUACUAUUAAGCUUGGAUAUGCCAAUGCAAAGAUAUAUAAAUGUGAAGAUGAAAGAUGCCCUAGGCCUAUGUCUUAUAAGGCAUAUGGAAGUGGAAAGGAAGAUACUCCUAUGUGUGAUGUGCCUGGGUUUGAGAACUGCAAAAUGAAAUUGCUCAGGCAUGUAUCUUUUGUUGAUUGCCCAGGACAUGACAUUCUCAUGGCGACAAUGCUUAACGGAGCUGCGAUUAUGGAUGGUGCAUUACUUCUAAUAGCUGCUAAUGAAAGCUGUCCUCAGCCUCAGACAUCAGAGCACUUGGCUGCUGUUGAAAUAAUGCGGCUUAAGCAUAUCAUCAUUCUCCAAAAUAAGGUUGACUUAAUCCAGGAAAAUGUAGCUAUCAAUCAACAUGAAGCUAUCCAAAAAUUCAUACAGAACACUGUUGCUGAUGGCGCACCUGUGAUACCAGUUUCUGCUCAACUGAAGUAUAAUAUCGACGUUGUUUGUGAAUAUAUUGAAAAAAAGAUCCCCAUUCCAGAGAGGAAUUUCAUCUCGCCUCCUAAUAUGAUUGUUAUCCGAUCAUUUGAUGUCAACAAGCCUGGUUUUGAGGUUGAUGAGAUCAAAGGUGGGGUUGCUGGUGGAAGCAUUCUCAAAGGCGUGUUGAAAGUUAAUCAAUUUAUUGAAGUUCGUCCAGGUAUUGUUGUAAAAGAUGAGAAUGGAAAUAUAAAGUGCACACCCAUAUAUUCAAGAAUAGUUUCAUUAUAUGCUGAGCAAAAUGAGCUUCAGUUUGCUGUGCCGGGAGGCCUCAUUGGGGUGGGCACUACAAUGGACCCAACUUUGACUCGUGCUGAUAGAUUGGUUGGUCAAGUUCUUGGGGAGGUUGGGUCACUUCCCGAUAUUUUCGUUGAACUAGAGGUGAACUUUUUCUUAUUGAGAAGGCUCUUGGGUUUGAGGACAAAAGGAACAGAGAGGCAAGGAAAGGUUGCAAAGUUAACAAAGGGGGAGAUUCUAAUGUUGAAUAUUGGUUCUAUGUCAACUGGGGCAAGAGUAGUUGCGGUGAAGAAUGAUUUGGCAAAAUUGCAGUUGACAUCGCCUGUCUGCACGAGUAAAGGAGAGAAAAUUGCACUUAGCAGAAGAGUGGAAAAGCAUUGGCGUUUAAUUGGAUGGGGCCAAAUCCAAGCUGGUCUGACCCUUGAUGUUCCCCCCUGCCCGAUUUGAGUUUCAUUUGACUACUAAUUGGGACUCAGGGAUUUUGAGAAAUGGGUAUUUAUUUUUCUAUAUGGGAUAAGGGAAGAGAAUUAACUGAUUGGUACAAUUCUUUUGUUCCGUGGAGAAGAAAAGUUUCAUUGCAAAUAUGUCCUUUCUUCCUGUUUGUUGUUAUGAAGGGGCUAGUUGUAAAGUUUGAUGCUUUUGUGAAAUUUGAAACAAAAUUGCACCUUAAAACAAAUUAACAUGGAAUUAGAGUUUUGGCUUAAAUUAUUGUUGGGAUUUGCUUGCUUUGAUUUUGAUUGUUUUUUAGCCUUGUACUCAAUCUGGGUAAUUCAGUGACAAGUUGUUUUGA